AUGGCCACCGACACCCAAUCUCUGGCCUUGCCGCCGACGCUCUCCCCCGACAGCCUCGACGCCCUCUCCGAGCUCGCCAUCGUGCUCGCCAAGGUCCGCACCAGCAUCCAGUCCUCGUCGGGCCUCGCGACGGGCGCCACGCCCAGCACCACGACCGCCGUCGCGGGCGGCCAGCCGCUGUCCUUCAAGGACGUCCCCGGCGCGACCGACGCGCUCAAGCACAAGCUCCAGCACGCCCGUGCCGAGGUGCGCGCCCUGCCCGACAUGGACCGGACCGACGCGGAGCAGCGCCGUGAGAUUGCCGAGCUCGAGGCGCGCAUCGUCACGCAGCGCGCCCUGUUGGAGCGCCUGCGCGACGACGGCCUGCGCUUCGGCAAGGAUGGCGACAAGAUGGACAUUUGA